AUGAAUUAAGAGAAAGAUUGCUCUUACAUGUAAUAGGUUAAAUUUGAUUUACGUCGUCGAAGAAUGCAUAAUAUGCCUUCAGUAUUUAAUUGUGAAGUUCAGAAACGCAAGAAUUCUUUCUCUCUGAGUUCUGAUGCAUGUAAAAGUCCUUAAAGGAAGGCAACAAAAUACUUCGAAAAUCAAAAUCCAGGAUAGAAUGGUUAUUUUUGGAGUUUGAUAAAAUCAAAGCGAAACGAGAAUGAACAAUUUAUGUAGGUGCUUAAAUCUAUGGGUCCAAUUCAAGUGAAUGAAGUAGAAACAAGAUUGUAAUUUUUACUUAGAAACUUUGGUUAUGAAGAUGAGAAGUCAAUGUUAGAGAAUGUAGAAAAUGUUUAAUAGAGUUAAAAAUGCUAAUAAUGGACAUAAGAGGAAUCUCGUAUCUUGAUUUGGGCUAUAUGUAAAUUGGGUAUACAACAUAAUUCUUGGAAGGAAUUAGGAAAUUUGUUGAAUCGUUCAGUUAAAGAAUUGAAAACACAUUGGACCGAAUUAAUUCAUCAUACAUAACGAGGAUUGUUAUGGACAGGAUAGGAAGAUUAAACUUUAUAAAAUAUGAUAAUGACCUAUUUGAAUAAUUCUUAAACAAUCAAUUGGAAGUGUAUGGCUAAUGUUCUUAAUAAAUCUGAUAAAUAAUGUUAGGAUCGUUGGUACAAUACUCUAGAUCCCUCUAUAUCAAAAGAUGCUUUUAGAAUUGAAGAUGAUUUACAAUUGUUAUAGUUGGUUUAGAAGUAUGGUAAAAGAUGGAAAAGAGUUCAAAGAGAAUGGUCAUUAAAUAGAAAGAGAUCUCGUUAUGAUUUAAAGAAAAGAUUUUAUGAGUUGCUAAAUUAACCUGAUUCUGGUUAUGAUAGUGAUACCUCUUCUAAUUCUUCAUAUAAAUAUGGGAAGUUGAAUUAAGAUGACAUGGAAAAAAUCUAGAAGUUGAUUUCAGAAAUGCAAAUUAGUGAAGGAAUGUAAUUAGAAAACAAAUUAGGUAAAGAUAAAUUACUGAAAAACAAACUCUUAAGCAUAGCUAAAAGUGAUCUUGAUAAGAUGCUUAAUCAAUAAAGAAAAAUUAAAAUUUAAUCUGCAAGUACACCUACUGAAGAAAAAAAAAAUGAUAUUCAAGAAGAACCUGAUGAAGUCAUUAUGAACACUCCUUCUAUUAUGAAUUCUUUAUCAAGGUGUCUUCUCAAAAUCAACUUAGAAACUGAAGAUGAUUAAUUAUCUAUUGAUAAGUUAGCUAUUCCAAAAGUCUAAUAUAAUGUUGAUUCAGUAGAACAUCUCAAACACGAAGAUAUUUUUGAUAUCCAAUUUGCGCUUGUCAAUGAUAAAACUAAUACUUUGUAUUAUGCUAAUUUAGAAUUCAUGCAGUAAUUAAUAAAUUUGAUCACUAAUUAACGAAAACUGAUGUAACUGACUGAUAUGAAUAAGUAACCAUAAAAAACAAAGAAAAAGUUCAGUUCUUAAUAAUUAAUUUAAGUUUAUCCCAAUAAAGUUGGGCUGUCAUAGUUUAGUUAAGAUGAUACCAAAUAAUAAUGA